GCAACGCGUGCGCACUUACACGGACUUGGUUUAUGUCUGCUAACGAAAUGGCAUUGGUGAAAAUUUGCAUAUUUGCUUUGGCUCUGGCCGCGGGACUGACUUCUACCCUGGCCCAGGAGAAGGCCUGGGGACGUGGCCAGUUCCGCGUGGGUGUCGGUCAUCCCACCUCGCAGCGUCACCUGCCGCCACGUGACCGUGAUCCCGUCCAGGAGGCAUCCGUGGUGCCCAAGCGUAAGCAGGCACAGGAGUACGAGCCCACCGAACAGUGCCCGGAGGCCAAUGGCUUCUAUCCGGACAGCAAGCAGUGCGACAAGUACUAUGCCUGCCUCGAUGGUGUGGCCACGGAACGUCUAUGUGCCGAUGGAAUGGUCUUUAAUGAUUACACCCCCAUCGAGGAGAAGUGUGAUCUGCCUUACAACAUUGAUUGCACCAAGAGGUCCAAGCUACAAACUCCUCAAUCCUCGCUGCAUUGCCCUCGGAAGAACGGAUAUUUUGGCCAUGAGAAGCCUGGUAUAUGCGACAAGUUCUACUUCUGCGUGGAUGGUCAGUUCAAUAUGAUCACCUGCCCCCAGGGUCUGGUCUUCAAUCCCAAGACUGGCAUUUGCACCUGGCCCGAUGAGGUCGGCGUCACUGGCUGCAAAUCGGAGGAUUUUGAGUUCGAGUGUCCCAAGGUGAACGAGAGCAUUGCGGUGACCCAUCCUCGUUAUGCCGAUCCCGAUGACUGCCAGUUCUUCUAUGUCUGCGUCAAUGGAGAUGUGCCCAGGCGAAAUGGAUGCAAACUGGGCCAGGUCUUUGACGAGGAGAAGGCCUUGUGUGAUUGGGCUCGCAAGGUGCCUGAUUGCGCCGACUGGUACAAGGAUCGUUUGACCGAUGCCGAGCUGGAUGAGCUGGAGAAUCCCAAGCCCAAGUCCACCACCACCAAGAAACCGCCACGUGUUCGCGGUCCCUCGAGGCGCAAACCAACUCCCAAGCGAGUGGAACCCAAGGAGGAGGAGGAGGAGGCCUGAUUCUCGACUGUAUUAGUCUUAAGUGUAAACCACUGAUUAUUGUCGCCAUUAAAUCCUUGCAGGAGGAGUUCUAACUGCGGAUA